AUGUUUAUAAAACGACGGAGAAUGAAUAUAACUCAUCAAUUUGAUAUAAAUUUAUAUCGAAGUACAUGGAAAUUUAUUGAUAAACAUACUAUUCGAGUUCGUUUUCAUCUCCAUGAAUCAUUACUAUCGUCGACUACAUCAACACGUUUUAUUGUUCGUCAUACAAAUACUGAUCAUAUUGAAACAUUUGAUAAACCACAUGAAAUAAUUAAUUCAACAUUAUCACUCUAUUUACAUAAUAUUAAACAUGGUCGACAUACAGUAUGUUUAUUAAUUUAUACAUCAAAAUUAAUGAAAAAUCCUAAACAUAUAUUUUGUCAAGAUAUUAUUUUUAAUUUUCAUAAAUAUGGUCAUCAUGAUAUUGAUUCAGAUGAUCAUGGAAAUACAUUUGUUUUUCUUCUUACACAAUAUGCGAUUGUAUGUGGAAUAUUAUGUAUUUUACAAUUAGUACACACGAUUCGUAAACGUCGAUUUAUGAAAACUGUUUAUCAUAAAGCAAAUACUUUACGAAAUCUUAUGACAGAAUAUCAUCAUCGUUUACAAGAAACCAAACCAACAACAGAGACUACUACUAAUACUAAUGAAGCACAUGCGUUAGAUUCUCUUAUUUAUAAUUUAAAUCGAAAUGCUCUACGUGAUUUUGAUCAAGCAUGUAUGCAAAAACAAAAUGAAGAUGAACAUUAUGAUAAUUUAAUAAGUUAUCCAUCGUCAUCUGAUCAUCAAAGAUCAGGAUCUGAAAAAUAUUCUAAACCAUCAUCAAAUGUACAGUAUCGAUCAGUACCAACGAUAAAUGAUCAUGUUGAUUUUAAUGAAAGUGAUUGUGAUGAUAAAUCAGCUAGUUUCAAAUCAGUAUCACAUAUUCUCGAAGCAAAUAAACCAUGGAUGACAAAAUUAUCUGAUAAUAAUACGGUUGAACAUUCUAUAUUAUCAUCAGUACCUUUACAAAUAAAUGGUUGUGAAUUAAUUCUUUGA